AUGUUCAAAGAUGGUUCUCUUAGUAAGCAGACGAAAGCAGUUCUUGAUAAGUACUUGAAGCAGCAUGGACUUCACAUUGCUUCAAACAAACAAGGGAUGCUGAUGGAGGUGCAGAGACACAUUAUUGAACAACAGGUACAAGACUCUAUGGAAGAAGAGGAAAACCCACCAUGCAGUAGUGAAGAUGAAGAAGAGUACUUGUCUUUUGAUGAAGAAAACGAUGAAAGAGACUAUGUGCUUGCAGAGAUUGGCUCGAGUUCAGAAGAAGAUGAAUACGAUGUUCAGAUCACAGUGACAACUACAAGAUCUGGUAGAAGGGCUACUCGCUAUUUGCUUUGA